AUGAACGUUGCAGAUAGAGGAAUGCAUAUUAUUCUCAUGUAUUUGAGAAUGAAUGCUUAUACAAUAAUAUCAAUUUAAAUGCUUACCAAGGUUAAUCAAAUAUGUUCAAAUGAUGGAGAAUAAUUUUUAUCUGUUUCUGUAAAAGGUGCAAGUUUCAUGAUUAUACUCAAUUUAACUGCAUUUAUUUAUGUGAAAGCAAAAGAGAAAAUGUAGGUUUCUGAUAAUUUUUUGUUGGCUUUCUUAAACAUAUGUUGGGGAAUCAUAGAAUUUAUGAAGAGUUAUCAGACUACUGAAAUCAAUUUGAAUGAAUGCGAAUAUGUUAUUAAUAUUUAACAAAUCACAUUUUACUUUUAGGCUACUACUGCGUUAUUGGUUGUAUUAGCAUUCUUUUUCAGUUAAAUUAUUAUAAGAAUAACUAGUUUACCAAUAAGCUGUGUUUCUUUAUACCUGAUAUUUGUGAAUUAGAAAUAAAGUUGCUUGGAAGACAAUAUUUUUUACUUAAUGAUUUUUUCAACUGUGUGGUUGAUUGUAUUAGGAGUUCCAUAUAAUUUUUUUAUGAGUGCAAAUAAACGAGUGAGAGGUCCCUAUUAAUUUUUGACAAGCAUCGGAAUUCUUAUUCAGAUACCAGUUUGUGUUUUGAUCUAUCUUUAAGGAUUGAAUUAUAAGAAUGAUGCAUGCCAAACAGCAUAUAGUGCUCAAGAAAUAUAUUUAGUAAUUGCUGUAUUGCAAUUAGUGAUGCUGCUUCUAUACUUUACAUACUACAAAAAAUUCGAAAAAGAAAGAGAGAAUUAAGAAAUAUCAAAAGAAUUAGUGAAUUUAUCAACAACUACUGCAUCUACUAAAUUGUCGAGUACUAAGUACACAUUAAAAAAAUGA